AACAAGAAUAUACAGAAGAAUUGAGAAGGAUCACAAAUAAAGGGGUGAGUAUUGAAAGAGGUAGAGGAAGAGUUAGGGGAAGAAAUAGAGGAAGAGGAAAUGAGAGGAGUAAAGGAAGAGGAGAAAAUAAAAAACAAAAUAGUGUUUUAAAUUCAGCAUUAUCACCAUUAGAAUUGCCUAUUUAUAAUCUUAUUCAAAACCAUUAUCUACUUCACAGAGGAUAUUUAAUGGUUGAGAACACCAAUACAUAUGAACAGUUAAAAGGGAGAGAAGGUGGUCAUGUUUGGAGUUUGUUAACAUUAAAUGAGUUAAAAACUUGGCUUGGGCUAAUUAUCUACAUGGGGGUUCAUCAGAUUAAUACAGUAGAAGAAUUAUGGAAUUGGGAUGAAAAGAAGGCAAAUCAUGAAAUAAAAAGUAUACCACUUUUUAAAUAUUUGUGUGAAAAUGGUAUUGGUGCUUGUAGCACUAUUUAUACUAAUUUAGCUGGAUUUCUUAAAGAACUAAAAAUCAGUAAAGAAAUGGUAUUGGAUUGGAACACCCUUAUAGAAAAGUAG